AUGCCUAGUGCCACUGUUCUUGGAUUCGGAGCAAGAGCUCCAACUAAGCUCCUUGAUCUUCUAUCUAAAGCUUCUUCUGAAUGUGGGGUCCCUGAAAUCGUCCCUGACCGUUCCCAAGCCAUCGGCCACGCUCUCCUCAAAGUGCCUUACCGAACAUUCCUAUCAAAUGGUGGUAAUGCUGAUGGGAAGAUUGCUACAAGAUCACUAUUGGUAUACUCACUUCCAACAACCGAGACUGAGUAUAUCAAGUUUUGUUCAGAAGCAGAGUCUGUCCGAUCUAAAAUUCUCUCCGGCGACGAUUCUACAGUCGUGGCUGCAUUCAAUGUACCAACGGAUUCGUUUGUCGGUGGAUCCAUUGAAGACAUUUUGUCUGCUGUAUCUGGUGACAACGAGAAGAAAGCAGCACUUGCCGCCGGUACUUUGCAGACCCUCGCAGAACUGGACAAAAAGACAGCGGAUAAGGUUGUUGCCUCGUCCGGCCAGAAGGAUGUUGUAAUUGUUGUCGGCUCAGGUGGCAGAGAGCAUGCCCUUGCAGUUGCCCUUGCACAAUCGCCGCUUGUAGCGAAGGUGUUGUGCUGUCCAGGAAACGGAGGCACAGCGGCAGAAGAAAACACGAAAAUCGAGAACCGUGGCCCAAACCAAAAUAAUGAUACUGUCAUCGAGCUUGUAAAAGAAGUUGGUGCCCGCAUGGUGGUUGUUGGACCAGAGGCUCCCCUUGUUGCGGGGAUUGUGGACGAGAUGAAGGUCAAGUGUCCCGAUGUGCUGUGCUUCGGUCCAUCGCAAGCCGCUGCCGAAUUAGAAGCGAGCAAGGCAUUCACCAAGGACUUCUUGCAAGAACAUGGGAUUCCAACUGCAAAAUACAGAACAUUUACAGAUACAGAUGAAGCAAUCAAGUAUGUCGAAUCAUUGGAAGAGAAUGAUAGGCAGGUUGUAAAAGCAUCUGGACUUGCCGCCGGGAAAGGGGUUUUAAUCCCCUCAACAAAAACAGAGACUAUAGCAGCAGUAAAAGAAAUCAUGUCAGACAAGGCAUUUGGGACCGCAGGAGAUACAUGUGUAAUUGAGUCUUUCUUGACUGGGCCUGAAGCAUCAUGUUUUGCUUUGUGUGAUGGCAAGACCGCUGUUUUGAUGCCUGCUGCACAAGACCACAAACGGGCUCUCGAUAAUGACGAAGGCUUGAACACUGGAGGAAUGGGAGCUUAUGCGCCAGCACCUUGUGUUACUCCAAAGUUGCAAACAGAGAUUGAAGCCAUGUGCAAGACCACUGUUACGAAGAUGUCCGAACGUGGAACCCCAUACGUGGGACUUCUUUAUGCUGGAAUGAUGCUGACUCCUGAUGGCCCAUACAUGUUAGAAUACAACUGUCGAUUUGGUGAUCCAGAGACUCAAGUCGUUCUACCACUUCUAGAGACUGAUCUUUACGAAGUUAUGACAGCUUGUUGCACUGGCACCUUGGGAGAUAUCGAUGUCCGAUUCAAAGAGGGUGUGUCUGCUGCAACUGUUGUUUGCGCAGCCAAGGGUUACCCAGAGAAGUAUCCCAAGGGAAUGGAAAUCAAGGGUCUGGAGGAGGCAAAGCUGAUCGAUGACGUGAAGGUAUACCACGCUGGAACGAAAUUGGAUGACUUGGGCGUGACACGUUGCUCCGGAGGAAGAGUUCUUGCUGUCACUGGUUUGGGUUCAAACCUGAAGACAGCUCUACUGACAGCAUACAAGGGAGUCGACAAGUUGGAUUUUGUUGAUACUGAUGACAACGGUUUGCUUCACAACAGAACCGAUAUCGGAAGGAAAGCGCUGGGGAAAAAACUCCGCAUUGGAGUUCUUGGAUCAACCCGUGGUACUGCUCUGAUUCCAGUGAUGGAAGCUUGUGCCUCUGGGAAACUACAUGCAGAAAUUGUUGCAGUUGUGAGCAACAGAUCUGCUGCCCCUAUUUUGGAAAAGGGGAAUUCUCUUGGAGCAGCAGUUGUUUCGCGCUUUGUUUCUGCUAAGGACUUGACUCGUGAACAAUACGAUGCAGAAUGUACGGAAGUUCUUUUGAGUGCCGGGGUUGAGUAUGUCGUUCUGGUGGGAUACAUGCGCAUUUUGUCCAAGGCAUUUUGCGAUUUUUGGGCCGGUCGAUGUAUCAAUGUUCAUCCUUCGUUGCUUCCCUUGCAUGCUGGUGGGAUGGAUUUGCAGGUGCACCAGGCCGUUAUUGACGCUGGUGAAAAGGAGAGCGGCUGCACUAUUCACGAAGUUACUGAGACUGUUGAUGGUGGACCGAUUAUCGUCCAAAAGAGGGUAACAGUGGAAUCAGGUGACACAGCAGAAACGCUCAAGGCAAAGGUCCAGCAGCUGGAAGGGCCAGCUUUUGUCGAGGCAAUCGAGAAGUAUUCAAAGGGGAAAGUCAUUAGUUAUGCUGAUUCAGGUGUUGAUAUCGACGCCGGAAACAAGCUCGUUGACAUUAUCAAGCCGUUCUGCAAGGCCACUCGCCGACCGGGAUGCGACGCCGAUCUCGGUGGUUUUGGCGGACUUUUUGACCUUGCAGCAGCUGGAUUCGAUGCGCGGGAAACUGUAUUGAUUGGCGCAACAGACGGUGUGGGAACGAAGUUGCGAAUUGCUCAGACAAUGAAGAACCACGUCACAGUUGGAAUUGAUCUUGUUGCAAUGUGCGUUAAUGAUCUCAUUGUCGCUGGUGGCGAGCCUUUAUUCUUCCUAGAUUAUUUUGCCACUGGUCAUCUUGAAGUAGCUGAAGCUGCUGCUGUUGUCGAAGGAAUUGCAGAGGGCUGCAUGCAGGCUAGUUGUGGGUUGAUUGGUGGUGAGACUGCCGAGAUGCCUUCGAUGUAUGCGCCAGGUGACUAUGAUUUGGCAGGUUUCAGUGUUGGUGCGGUGCAAAAGGGAAAGAUUCUUCCCCAGGGCGUUGAAGUGGGAAACGUGUUGCUUGGUCUUGCGAGCAGCGGUAUUCACAGCAACGGAUUCAGCUUGGUUAGAAAGUUAGUUGCCAAGGAGGGCCUGACAUACGACAGCCCCUGCCCUUGGGACAAGACUAAGGCAAGGAUUGGAGACUCGCUAUUGACCCCCACGCGCAUUUACGUAAAGUCAUGUUUGCCACUGCUGAAGAAGGGAUUGGUUAAAGCGAUGGCUCAUAUCACUGGUGGAGGUCUGCUAGAGAAUUUGCCUCGCAGUAUUCCUGAUGGAAUUGGUGCCAGCAUCUCAGGACAUCCCAAACUUCCAAGUGUUUUCCAGUGGAUGAAGGAAGCAAGUGGUCUCGAUGACAAUGAAAUGUUAAGAACCUUCAACUGUGGAGUUGGCAUGGUUCUGAUAGUAGACGCCAAGGAUGCAGAUGAAGCAAAGAAACUUCUUCUCGACGCUGGAGAAAGUGAAGUAUAUGACCUUGGAAAGCUUGUCGAAGGUGAUGAUAUUAAGGUGACUUCAGCUCUUUAG